AGUGCAGCGGCGUAGAGCGACGGCCACAGAUGAGUGAACGUCACACGCGACAUGCGUUUAUUGCCCACGUGGGUCACGCCAAUCGCUUUUUGGCUCACUUUUGUUUUUGGCGUGGGGGUUUCAUUUGCCAUCCUCCAUCGCGUGGGUAGGCGUGCCGGCGGAUGAGUGCUCGAUUAAGCUGAGUGUGAGGCGAGCGGACCGCUGUGGUGGUGCUGCUGGUGCCUGCGAGAGAGCCUCCGUGAUUUAAGGAUGCUGUUGGGAAAUGCCUGGAGACAGAGAUGACGAGAUUUGUCAAAAGGCACUUGAACUCCUCUCAGAUCUUUGUUCCAAAGGGGAAGUGCAGAGCGAAAACUGCCUGGAUUUCAUAUACUAUUUCCGUGAUCUGGCCAGGCCACGCUACACGGACUCAGAUGUGUCGGUAAGUCUGCUGUCACUGGUCGUGACGGCCUGUGGCUUGGCUCUAUUUGGGGUCUCCCUCUUUGUGUCCUGGAAGCUCUGCUGGAUCCCAUGGAGGGAGCGUGGUCUCUCCCCCACGACCAAGGAGCCCCACGGCGGGCACCUCAACCCGGCCAUGAGCCCUUUGUCCUCACAGCCAGUACAGAGGCAGCCAGUUUACGCGGCCGUGGACCCCCCGGCUCACACACGCCUUGAGUCGUCCCACUGCUCAAUAGCCAAGGAGCCAACUCCUAUGGCAUCAGUUGCAUCGGUGGAGGCUCCGGUAACUCCUGUAUCACCCCCUCCUGUCGCCCUGGCGCCACCGGAGGCAGCCAUGAAGAUCAGUCACACGUCCCCAGACAUUCCACUCGACGCCCAGGAAAAAAGUCGGGAAAACGGGGUUCAUACAAACCCUCGGAUUCAGAGACAGACUACGGAACCCUCACCCUCCGGCCACCCCAUGUCAGAAAUUGGACAGGGCUCGAUACGCCGGCAUAUGAACCUGUCAAAUCCCGACUUCAACGUGGCUCAGUUCCAAAGGCAGGACUCACUCACUGGAAUGGGAUUGGGCCUCGGACGCCUCAAACCUGAGCUCUACAAACAACGUUCACUGGAAGGGGAUGACGGAAGUUACAGAGGCGGAGGAUGUGGGUGCCUCCACUUCAUCCUCAAGUUUGACUGUGACCUGGAGCAGUUGAUUGUUAAGAUCCACAGAGCAGAGGACCUCCCAGCCAAGGAUUUCUCUGGAACCUCUGACCCUUACGUGAAGAUCUACCUGCUGCCUGAUCGAAUGACCAAGCAUCAGACCAAGGUGCAUCGUAAGACGUUAAACCCUGUGUUUGAUGAGGUUUUCCUGUUUCCUGUGGCCUACUCAGAGCUUCCCACACGUAAACUGCACUUCAGCGUCUAUGACUUUGACCGAUUUUCACGCCAUGACAUUAUCGGCCAAGUGGUUGUGGACAACUUCCUGGAUCUGGCAGAUUUCCCCCGGGAGACAAAACUCUGCCGGGAAAUCAAAUAUGUGUCUACGGAUAAUGUGGACCUGGGUGAUCUAAUGUUUUCUCUGUGUUACUUACCAACUGCCGGGAGGCUGACCAUAACAAUGAUAAAGGCUCGCAAUCUGAAGGCCAUGGACAUCACAGGUGCAUCUGAUCCAUAUGUGAAGGUUUCACUCAUGUGUGACGGUCGCAGACUGAAGAAGCGGAAGACCUCCACAAAGAGGAACACUUUGAAUCCCGUCUAUAACGAGGCCAUUGUUUUCGAUGUUCCCCCUGAGAACAUAGAGCAAAUCAGCCUUUUGAUUGCAGUGAUGGAUUAUGACCGAGUUGGUCAUAAUGAAGUCAUCGGUGUGUGCCGGGUUGGCAAUGAUGCAGACAACCUUGGUCGGGACCACUGGAGUGAAAUGCUCACGUACCCCCGAAAACCUGUCGCGCACUGGCAUCCUCUUGUGGAGUACCAGGGGACCACAGGUAGUAGCCAGGGAGGAUCGUGUAACUCUCUGAAGGCACCUCCCUCACCAUAACCCAGAAUAACAUUUUAUGUAACAUCUCGACGGGCCCUCGGCUCAGCCUUGUGCUGCUGUGGAUUACUGCACACGCACAAUGAAGUGAAUAGUGCAGCCAUCCGAGAUAUUUCAGGAUGGAGAGACACAACUGGAUCAGUUGCAUGUCGAAUGAUCACAUUGAUGGAGGUUUUCUUUUCCAUGAGUAAAAUGACAGGAGUACACAGUCAUGUGACGUCCGUCUUCUUGGGUUUACACAUGAUCCACUGUUUUUACAUUGUCUUGUUACUUGUCUUUAUCUGAGGUGAGUCUGUAAUUGCACAACGUACUUUACAACCAGUCAAACUGCCUUUCUCUUUUAUUUGGUGGUGAUUGGUGCAUGAGGUCUUGCUUGUUGUGAUAUCUCGCCUUUGUUUGUUUGUUUGUUUCCCUCUACUUUGGGUCUAUGAUGUGUUGUUCUGAUUGUUGAAGUGCAGUGACAGUUGAUUUCUCCAGAAAGUGUUUGUCAGUGAAGAAAAAGAAAACUAAAUAUUGUCAACAAAUAGGAUUAAAUAAAAAAUAGCCAUCUUUGAUCCAAUUUCACCAGCAGAAUUGUUCUCUUUUAAAACAAAACAUUUGUACUUUUCAUUCGUUGACAAGCUAAAACUCAUAUGUACUUAUUUUAUCUUUGUAGAAGAUCUGAGUAUCUUUGAAGAAUACAAAAGGGUAUUAGGCCCACGCUGAAAUAAAAAUAAACAAUGACACAAGAGAAAAAAAAGGCAAUAUAUGACAAUGAAGUUGUCUGAAAAUGUUGUCUCAUUACAUAAUAGUAACAAAAAAAGUAAACUAGGUCUCUAUCUCUCUCUAGGUCUCUCGAUUGUCUGUCGCUGCUGGUUUCAAACUGUUAUUUUUAGGUUUGUUGGGGAAUGAAAAAAACAAAACAAACAACCUAUAAAUAUUUCCCCCUUUAAGCAUGGAACAGAGUAGAACUAAAAAAUGGUGAUUAACAAUUACAAAAGGCUUUAAAAACGAGUCCAUCACAAGUACAGCCAUUUUCAGUAGCAUCAUAUAUGACUGUUUAGAAUCAAUGCACGUACAGUGGAACCUCGAUAAAACGGACUGUCGGGACUGAACAAUGUGUCCAAAAAUAGUUUCUAUUUGUCACUUAAACUGCUGUUGACAAAGUCUGUUAGUUCCAGAAUUGGCCAAUGUUGUUUACUGGCAGGCGGCACGGUGACCGACUGGUUAGAGCGUCAGCCUCACAGUUCUGAGGACCCAGGUUCAAUCCCCGGCCCCGCCUGCGUGGAGUUUCCAUGUUCUCCCCGUGCCUGCAUGGGUUUUCUCCGGGCACUCCGGUUUCCUCCCACAUCCCAAAAACAUGCAUUAAUUGGAGACUCUAAAUUGCCCGUAGGCGUGACUGUGAGUGCGAAUGUUUGUUUGUUUCUAUGUGCCCUGCGAUUGGCUGGCAACCAGUUCAGGGUGUACCCCGCCUCCUGCCCGAUGACAGCUGGGAUAGGCU